AUGGAUUUAGAUUUAGGGGAGAAGAAAGGUGCAAAGAUAAGUGUCUAUGAAGAGCUUAAGGAAUGUUACAAGCAUGAAAAAGGUGGAACAAAAAUGAUUUUGGAGCCACUUCAUGAUGGAAACUGUAAGGAAAAAGGAGGUGGAGAGUAUGGUGAUAGCGGAUUUGGUGUUAUUGGUGGCGAUGGCAGUCAAGGAGGAGGUAGUAGAGGUGGAAUAGGGAGAGAUGGGGAAAAAGGAGGUGGAAGUGGUAGUGAUGGAGAUGAUUAUGGUGGUGGAGGAAGUGGAAGUUGA